AGUUUAAGUCCCCUCCUGUCACACAGCUCGAAUUUCUUGACACUUUUGUUGUUUUUGUCAGACAUUAUGACCCGAUCAUUUUUUUUCCCAAACAUUGAGCCAAAAAUGAAAAAUUAGCAAUGCGUGUCAACUGGAAACCCCUCUUGAGUCUCGGAUGCGUAUUUUGGGGCUUCAUCUACAUGACCGACUUGCUGGGGGACUCCACCUGGAAGCGAUGCUCGCAGUCUUUUGAGGACAUCCUCAGCGGCCAGUUCAAGCAACUCAGCAGAAGGCAGCAAAAUUUCGAAACACCCGAAACUGCAACCAAACUAAACUGGCCGAUCUUGCUCUGGAAUGUUUGCGCGUUUUUGUGCUCCUUGGUGUUUUGUUCGGUGGUCAAGUCCAUGUCGUGGGUGGUGUGGCGCGUGUUUAAGUUCUACAACGUGUUCAGGAACCGGCAGGGGUUGAGCAAUCGCCUCAAAGGAGCUGAAACUGAGGCGACUCCUAAACCACUUCCGGGCACCAUCAACAAGGAGCAAAUUAAGAAGGAAAUGGAGGAGUUGGCCAAGGAGAAGGACGAGCUGUCCCAGCAACUCGUCCUGGCCCAGAAGGAAAACCUAACAGCGCGGCAACAGAUCGAGGAAUACAAACUGGAGACGUUCAUGAUGAAGGAGAAGUUGGCCCGGACGGCAAGCACCUUGAAGGAGAAUCUCAAAUACAAGGACUAUGCCAGUGCCAACCAGGAGGUGAUCUCGCGGAAAGCGCACAAUUUGGAGCUCCACUUGAAGGAGGUCAGCCGCGAUCGUGAUCUCCUAAGGAGCAAGUUGGCCACGCUUGAGAAAAACUACUCGAAACUUGAGGAAAAACUCAAGUUGUACGAAAAACAGGACAGUGAGAGUAACUUGGAACAACUGCCUGAGAAGGACAUCGCCAGUAAGCCGCUCACUGAACAAUCGGAGGAGAUUUCGUCUGAUCCUCCGGUCGAUAUUUGCAAUUUUCAGAAAAAAAUCAUGGAGUUGCAAAAAAGCAUCGGGACUUUUGAACCAACUUCAAAAAUUGAGUUUCAGGCCAAUAGUAAAAUUUCGGUGGAUUUGGACGAGUCAAGCAUUGAUACCUCCAAGGACACCGACUGUGAGGGGCUUCACCAGAAAAAGGCCGAACUUAAUGAAGUCAAGCAAAACAUUUUGAACUACAACGCCUAUAAGGCCCAAAUGUUGCGCCCGAAACUGAAACUGUCCAACAUCCAAGAACGCCUCUACUCGCCCACCGACACCACCGGCUCGUCUUCAGACGACAACAGCGGCCCCCAGAGGAUCAUCAGCAGCACGGUCGAGUUCCAAAAUUUCCUCAAAACCUUGAGCGCAAACAACAGUAAUUUUAACUUCAAUAAAACAUGUUUCUGAGACUCGAAUAAACAGCUGAGUAGUU